GAAUUCUAUAUUAUAUAGGGCGACUUCUAGUUUUGUAAAAGGGUAUAAGCGAUAUCGUCAGAGAAGUUCAAAUACUAGAGGGACUCAAAAUAACUUCCAGGAUCUUGCGAUAAAACCAACUUUAUAUUUCAAUUAA